GACUCGACUUCCACAACAGACAAACAAAUACAAACUCGCCGCACAUUAACAAAUCGAUAAAAAAAAAUGUUGUGGGUGCUGUCUAAACUGUAAACCUCAGAGACAAGCCUCAAGAAAUUUCUCUGAAAGACACCACUCAAACUGAACUCUUACAUACUACUGAACUCAUAACAGAAAGAGAGAGAAGACUUCAAGAAAAGCAGCUUUUUUCCAGCAUCCUCAAUGCAGUCUCUCUUUCUUUUUUCAAUCACCAUAUGUCUUUUAAGAGUUGCUGUGGCCCAAGAAGGGUUUUGCUCUGCACCAGAAAUCUUGAUAACUGAAUCCACUUAUGGGAAAGUUACAAACCCCACACUUUCUCCUUCUCACUUGCAAGAUUUGCCUGGGUUUACUCGCAGUGUGUAUAAACGAGAUCAUGCUUUGAUUACCCCUGAAAGUCAUGUUUUCAGCCCUUUGCCAGAUUGGAGUAAUGCUCUCGGUGCUUAUUUGAUUACACCGGCCAUGGGGUCGCAUUUUGCUAUGUACCUGGCUAAAAUGCAAGGAAAUUCAAAAUCAGCUCCCCCUCCAAAUGAUGUCGAGAGGUUCAUAUUUGUGAUUCAGGGUGAAAUUACACUCACUAAUGUUUCUAGCGUCAGCCAGACUCUGAUGGUGGACACAUAUGUUUACCUGCCACCGAAUUUUGAACAUUCCAUAACAUGCGAGGCAUCAGCCACUCUUGUUGUAUUGGAAAGAAGGUAUGUGAACCUGAAAAAUUAUAAAACCGAGCAAAUUGUUGGUUCAACGGAUGAGCAGCCGCUUCUGGAAACGCCUGGCGAGAUUUUUGAUCUCCGGAAGCUACUUCCCACAUCUAUGCCUUACGACUUCAAUAUCCAUAUCAUGGAUUUUCAACCUGGAGAAUUUCUCAAUGUUAAGGAGGUCCACUACAAUCAGCAUGGCUUGUUGCUAUUAGAGGGACAAGGCAUUUAUCGCCUAGGUGAUAAUUGGUACCCAGUUCAAGCUGGUGAUGCAAUUUGGAUGGCACCAUUUGUGCCUCAAUGGUAUGCUGCACUUGGCAAGACGCGUUCACGCUAUCUACUGUACAAGGAUGUAAACAGGAAUCCACUCUAAUCAGAUGCGAUGAAGAUCAAGCUGAUAAAUGACAAAAAUCUUAUUCUAGAUCAAGAGCUUCUGCAAAGUGAACCUUCCUUUCCUGGUCUGUAAACUAAAUAAACCUUGAAUGUAACCAUGAACGACAAUGAAAGCUAUGAAAGACGUUCAAGUUGUCUGUUUAUAUUCA